AUGUCAAGUGUUAAGACUGAUGUGACUAUUUUUGAAGGUCAUAGAAACUUCAGAUUACGUUUACUUUUAUCCACAUUAUCAGGUAAACCAAUCAAAAUAACUAAAAUAAGAUCAAAUGAUAUGAAUCCAGGUUUAAGAGAUCAUGAAGUAUCCUUAUUAAGAUUACUUGAAUCAGUAACUAAUGGAUCCCAUAUUGAAAUUUCAUAUACAGGUACCACAGUCAUAUAUAGACCAGGUAUCAUAACAGGAGGUGAAUUAACCCAUAAUUGUCCAACCAAUAAACCAGUGGCAUAUUUCAUUGAACCAAUGUUAUUCCUUGCACCCUUCUCCAAAAAGAAAUUCUCGAUUAUCUUUAAAGGAUUAACAGCAUCAGAAAACCCAAAUGAUACUGGUGUUGACGCAAUCAAAUGGGGUUUGUUGCCAAUUAUGGAAAAAUUCGGAGUUAGAGAAGUGUCAUUACAUAUCUUGAAAAGAGGUUCACCACCAUUAGGAGGAGGUGAAGUUCAUCUUUUAUGUAAUUCCUUGAUCCCACAACCGUUGACUAUACACGCAUUAGAUAUCCCCAAGUUUUCUGCCAUCCGUGGUGUUGCAUAUUGUACCAGAGUUUCACCUUCCGUUGUUAAUAGAAUGAUAGAUGCAGCCAGAAAGGUAUUGAAACCUACUGGUGUCGAGGUUAAUAUAACAGCAGAUGUUUGGAGAGGUGAAAAUGCGGGUAAAUCUCCCGGGUUCGGAAUCACAUUAGUUGCCGAAUCCAAGAAGGGUUGGAGAAUAGUUGCUGAAGGAGUUGGGAAAGCUGCUUCUUUACCUGAAGAAUUGGGAGAAAGCAUUGCCUAUCAACUUUUAGAAGAAUUGACAAAGAGUGCCGUAAUGGGAAGUUAUCAAUUAUUAUUAACACUUGUAUAUAUGACUAUUGGGAAAGAAGAUGUAGGAAGAGUUAAGAUACACAAAAGUCAAGUUGAUGAAAGCCUCAUACAUAACUUAAGAGAUAUUCAACAAGUGUUUGCAACGGAAGCAUUCUUGAAAGAAAGUACGGAUGAGAAAGAAGAUGAGUUUAUGAAUGUAUCCAUCAAGGGUGUUGGUUUCACUAAUGUUUCCAAAAAGAUAGCAUAG